GUCCUCGCCAUAAAAAAAACACUCUACUCUCUCAUCAGUGUGACUGGAUAGCGUACAGAGAGCCGCAGAAAAAAAGACAGCUAUUUGGAGCCCCUCGUGGAGAUCGGUUGGUGUUUAGUAAAGCGCAAGUUGCCGCCUUAUUAUUGUGACUCACUUUUGUAACAUCGUGAAAAGAACAGAAGAGACUUGAAAUGAAGGGACACACCUGUGUGAUUCUCUUGAUGUGCCUCAGCUGUGUAUGUGCGACGGCACUUCAAGAGAAAUCGGCCAAUGAUAAGUUGCUUCUGGAAUACCUGCGGGAAUACCUGACCGAGUUAAAGAGGGGAGAUGAACCAGAAGCCGUGCCAGCUCAGAGGGGUACUGAAGACCUUACCCGCGACUACCCACCGCCCCAACAAAUGGACUUGCAGACGCUUCAAGAACUUGACGCCGAUGAUGAAAGUCUGGUCAAGUACAAGCAAACUCUACUGGGUAGCACUGCAGAUUUUUUAGAUGAAGGCGGACAAAAUGUACUAUUGAAGGCCAUGGUAUUUGCUCCAGUAGACCACGAGGAAACUGUUCUGAAUCUGACAGGUGAUCUUUCUCAAUUGAAACAUCAACCAAUUGUGGUUAAGGAAGGCACCGAGUACAGGAUUAAACUCAAAUUCAGGGUCCAACGUCAGAUUGUCUCUGGACUGCGGUUUGUUUACGCUGUUUCCAGAAAGGGCAUCAGAGUGGACAACGCAAAUUCUAUGGUUGGGAGUUACGGACCCAAAACGGAAGAGCAGAUCUUCCAGACUCCUGUGGAUGAGUUACCCGCGGGUAUGAUAAGCCGUGGUGUCUACAUUGUCAAGGGUAAAUUCUUAGACGAUGACAAGAAUAUCUACUUGGAGUGGGAGUGGAGUUACUCCGUUAAGAAAGAUUGGGAAUAAGAUUAGAGUGAUGAUUUCCUACAAAGGAAAUUGGUAUAUUGGAAGUGCGGUUUACUUGUAGAUGAUGCUGUUGGUUUUUGAGGGGGUACAUCAUGAAUGUGAAAUUCUUAAUAGAAUUUAUGUUAUCAUGGUUCAGCAAGUAUAGGGAUUAUGUUAGUUAAAUGUAUGCCACAACAUAUACAAUGAACAUGUAAUUGAUUUUUUUCCCAAAGUGGCACUUUUUUUUGAAGGAAUUAAUUGUGGCAUAAGUCAUCAGCAUUGCCAGUGAUGACCUUUUUUAGUCUCUCAGAAAAAGGAACUGCAUGUUUUCCCCAAAAAAUGUGUACAUGUAUAGGCCUAUGGAUCCAUCAUCCAUGUACAGAACAAAACAAAUGACGUAUAUACUUGUUUUGUAUGAACAUUGCCUUUUCUCAAAGUUUAUCAGAGCAACUUGUACAACUCUUUGUUGAAGUCUAUAAAACAACGCAUUUAUUAGAAAAUACAUUUUGAUGAUGCUAUUUAAUGUAAUCGCUUAUUAAAUUACUUUUGGGAAUUAAUGAUACAUGUUGGUUGUAUAGCAGGCUUUGUUUUAUCUUAUUUUUAUCUUUAUUUUAGGCUGUAAUUAGACUAUUCUGCCAUAGAUAUAGAUAUUUUCUUUUGUUAUAUUUUAAUUGCUAAAGGUUUGGUUUAAUAUGUGGUUUUGCUUUAAGUGCAUAAUAUAAUGUUAUAUUUCCGCAAUGAUGUAUGGCUUGUUUGCCAUAGUAGUGACCUGGUGUCUUUUAUGUUGUCAUCUAAUUAAUGGAGAUUUUGACCAAGCGCUUUGGGAACUUGGUAACAUAAAGCCACCAGUAUUACGACAGUUGCAUGCCUACCAUCCGACAAGCUAUUUUUGUCAGCACUAGAAUGUAGUU